AUUCACAGCAACAUACACAACAACAAAACUACCCACCGCAUUAUAACAAUAAUAAUAAAAACAACAACAACAUCGAUGUCACCAUGACAACAGUGUCUAUAUCCUACAAUACACAGAACCAAACGGAACGAGCGUAUGACAAGAAGCAAGCUAUUGCUGCCCGAAAUGGCAAACCGACCAACAACAACAGCAGCAACAGCAAUUUUAAUAACAGCAACAUGCAUAAAAAACAAAAUGAAAGUAUGCAGAGCAACAGCAGCAAUUCAUCAACAUAUGUAUCAUCAGCACCAAAUAUGCUUUUAGUAAGACCUUCUAAUCCUUCGCUACAUAUACGUGAGGUUCCGUACUUGCCACUACAGUUUUACUGAUUCACAUAAAACCAACAUAUACAACAACUACAACAAUAACAACAACAACAACUAAAACAAUAACAACAACAAAAAAAUAUAGAUAGAUUGAGGGAGCGAGUGGAGAGAGCGACACAAGAUACUUUGUACACUUAGAGGGAAUAAUAUUUACAAACGGCAAACUUAAGAUAUACUAUACUAUACACAAACAUGUACAUUAUAUACAUAUAAAUCUAUAUACACACAUAAGUAUAUAUAUUUUUGAGUGCAAGGAACUCGUCGAAUGACAAAGCAACUGGAUCUACAAAUUGAAACAUUACUUUCAUUUGGCUGAUAAUGUUUGAAUGCUGCGGACAUUUUAUGUCUAGAGGAUAUGUUGUCCAACAUUUUUUAUCUAUAUUUACACAAAGAGCGAAACCAUCUAUAAGAUACACAUACUUAAACGUAUUUAAAGUACGUGAAUGAUUGAUAAAAGUAUAUACAUAUAUAUAUUUAGAUACAUAACCGUUAACUUAUAAUAGACAAGCCCAGCUUAAAGCUGGCUAUGAUAUUUUGGCAUAUAUUAAACAAUAAAUCUAAUAUUUAACAAUUAUAAUUAUAUACUAUUAAAGAGAAUUGCUAAAACUUUAACAACGCGCAGUUAUACAUAUGAAUAUUUACGAGGAAAUGCUAGAAGCUCUCGAUUACGUUAUACUAAAUUUAAAUAUGAUUGGGUAAUGAUGAUAUGAUUGGUUUAAAUCUUUUUUCUUUAAAUUCUUUUCCGUUUGGCUGAUUCUAUAAAUAUGUAUAGCUGCCGUUAAAAAUAUAAAAAUCUUUAAGAUUUAACUACUUAACGAAACUAUGUAAUUGGGCACACUUAAAUAAUAUAUUUA